AGUAUUUCUCUCCCUCUUGGUGAAUUGAAUUGAUGGGAAAUAAAAGUUCAAGUCCUAGGGAUGGGGGGAGUUGGAGGCAAUCUUCAUCAUUCUCAUCCAGUUCUUUGAAUUCGAGGCAACAAGAACAUCCUCAAUCAGCGUAUUCACAAUACACUCAGAAUUAUCCUGUGCAGCAUCCUUAUCCAGCAGGAUAUCCCCCACCUGAUGAGUACUAUGUUCCUCCUCAAAAUUAUGGGGCUCCGUCCCAAUCACAUGCUCCGCAAAAGACGCUAGACAGGAGGUAUUCGAGGAUUGCAGACAAUUAUAAUUCAUUAGAGGAGGUGACUGAAGCUCUUUCACGUGCUGGCCUUGAGUCUUCCAACCUAAUUGUUGGUAUUGAUUUCACCAAGAGCAAUGAAUGGACAGGUAAGAGAUCCUAUAAUGGUCGAAGCUUACAUCAUAUUGGAAGUGGUUUAAAUCCCUAUGAACAAGCUAUAUCUAUUAUUGGGAGAACCUUGGUGGCUUUUGAUGAGGAUAACUUGAUACCCUGUUACGGAUUUGGAGAUGCUUCAACGCAUGAUCAGGACGUAUUCAGUUUCUACCCUGACGAGAGAUUCUGUAACGGAUUCGAAGAUGUUUUAAGUUGUUACAGAAAAAUUGUGCCUAAUCUAAAAUUGGCAGGACCAACAUCAUUUGCUCCCAUAAUUGAAAUGGCCAUGACUAUUGUUGCGCAGAGUGGAGGCCAGUACCAUGUUUUGCUGAUUAUUGCCGAUGGACAGGUAACCAGAAGUGUUGAUACUGGAAGCGGUCAGUUAAGUCCACAGGAGCAGAAAACUGUUCAGGCGAUUGUCAAAGCAAGCAAGUUUCCUUUGUCUAUUAUUUUGGUUGGGGUUGGAGAUGGCCCCUGGGAUAUGAUGAAGGAAUUUGAUGAUAACAUUCCUGCUCGUGACUUCGAUAAUUUCCAGUUUGUAAAUUUUACAGAGAUUAUGUCCAAAAAUGUGCAACAAUCUCGAAAAGAGACAGAAUUCGCUCUUUCGGCAUUGAUGGAAAUUCCGUCACAAUACAAAGCAACAAUGGAGCUUAAUUUGUUGGGUGGAAGGAAAGGAAAUGCUCCCGAGAGGGUUGCUCUUCCACCACCUGUCUAUGGUGCACAAUUAGGUGACAGUUCGAAAUUCACACAUGCAACUAGUUUUCAACAUAGCUCAAGUUCAUAUUUCGACCACAAAAGUUCUUCCGUCACUGCUGCCGCUGCUUCUCCUGCUCCACCAUCUGCUCCAACCUCUACUUAUGAUAAUCAAAUUUGUCCCAUUUGCCUUAGCAACCCAAAGGACAUGGCAUUUGGUUGUGGGCAUCAGACGUGUCGUGACUGUGGAGAGGACCUCCAGCUUUGUCCAAUUUGCCGAAGUCCAAUCCAAACCAGAAUAAAGCUAUACUAAGUAUUGUAUCUCAUAGCUUGAUCUCCAGUACCAAACUCGUUACAAUUCAUUCUGAUGAAAAGUAGGCAGUAGCUUGAGUCAACACAUCCUGCUUAGUCUCGAGAAAUCAUCACCUUAUAUUUUUAAUGGUCAUUCAUUGUUAUUUUUUAAUUUUUUUUUCGGGUGAUACCAGAAAGGUUAAAUAUCGGACAAUUGAAUAUUCUCCUCUUUGUUCAUCAAAUCACUUGAUUGCAGUCUAGGAUUAAGGGUCUUCCCAGUUGGUGCUUUUUGUUUUCAAAGAUUUUCAUCCAUUGUAUUGUUCAGUUCAAUUGCGGUUAGCUGUGCCUCUAUAUGUCGAUUUUGUAAACUUUUGCUGGUUUUUUCCCGGAUUCUUCAUGAUAUAGACAUGUACAGAUUGUUCUGAUGGAGGAUUUUUCCCUUGCCUUGCCAUUCUUAGGGAAAUAAA